UCGUCUAUUUGAUAAUUGAAAGUUAUUAUACUUUAAAAUUGUGUAUUUAAAUUAACAAGCAAACUAAAAGAUAGUGUAAAAUUGGAAAGUACAGUGAGAGUGUCGUGUCCUUGUAAGUUUUGUAAGAUUUGUUUUGGCAGAAAAAUCUGAUAUUUAGUCGCAAAGAUAAACGAAACAUUAGCGUAUCUGACGUCAAUAGGCAAAGUAAAGAAAGGUAGAAAGAAUGCGAUUACUCGUACAGAUUUAAAAUAUUGGAGCCUAAGCCGAAUUGAUUGAUCAAAUCAUCGACCGAUUACAUGUCGAUUAAAAUGAACGGCCACAUGAGGAAAAACAAUGAUCAGAAUAAUAAUAAUAAUAAUCGUAACAAUAAUAAUUGGUGUCAGCUGACAUUGAUUCUUGCGGCUUUAUUAUUUUCUGUCGCAACUGCUGAAAAGCAAAAACGUCAAAUCUUUAGGGAACAAGUGUUACCAGCUCUGGGUGGGAAAAUACCAGAGGAAGCAUUCAGAACUGAUCGUUUGGCACUAAAUCGUUUAAACAAGGAAGGCAUUUCGAUACCGGACGGAGUUGUACUCGAUGCUAGACAUAUUCACAAACAUCCACAUACUUCGCAACAUAUGCCUAAGAUUAUUAAAGUAUAUCUGACUCCUGAUGGUCGAUAUGUUCCACCCGAAGGUCGAACACACUAUGACCGUCCGAAAGCCGUCGACACAACUUAUAUUAUCCGAACGCCUUUCGGAAAAAAUGACAAGCCACUGAAUAACUUUGGAAAUUAUAAACAUCAUCGAGGACACAAUAAGCAAGAACCGUAUCCUAAUCACAGACAACAAUUUGUGCCGUUAAUUCCACCUACCAAGCCUGGUGUCUACAAACCAAUAGUGACACAAUUAAUGUUACCAGUGAAUCCUAAUAUCUUGAAUCAACCAUACUUGCCUAGUUGGGAUCUUGAAUAUGAUUGGGACACUAUUUAUCGACCUUUCAACGAUUAUUAUGUCGAUAAUAUUGCUCUGUUUAAUUCUCAUCAGAUUCUAAUGGAUUAUCAAGGAUUUCUAGACGAAUUUCACGGAAGAUCAUUAAGACACGUUAGCAACAAAUCAAACGACAAAAACAAUUACAACAACGCAGAUCGAUACAAAUACAAUUCAAAAAAUAUUCCUACGAAUAAUCAUUCCAAUGAUUAUCGUAAUAUUGGAUCAAUUAUAUCGAAUAUUAGUUACACGAAUCUCACACAAAUUCCAGAAACUGGAUUUUCCUGUCGCGGAAGAAAGGGUAUAUUUGCCGAUGUAGAUACCAAGUGUCAAGUGUUUCAUAACUGUUCGGGUUGGUCAAGAACGUCUUCUCUAUGUCCUGUCGGAACGGCCUUCAGCGAGGAAAAAAACCGAUGCGAGUGGUGGAACACCGUUCAAUGCAAAAAAUGACAAGUUGAAUAAAAAUAAAGAUUGCUGGAGUCGAAUUGACUGUCAGAAGUUUUACAUUCUUUGUUGCGGAUAAGAAAUUAUAUAAAAUUAUCUAAGUAUUUUUAAUGAUCCUCAUUAGUCUAAUAUAAGAAUUUAUAAUA